AACCUAUUUUUCACAACAUCCGUUCAACCCGGAAGUUGUUUCUCUGCUCAAUACCAUGAAUGCAAAAGUGAGAUUUGGUUCGGUGUUUUGACGAUUUUAGACUUCGAAAAUGGCGUGGAAGUGCAAAGGCUCUGCUCUCCCACCAGCCUCCUUACAGCUGCUGGUCCCUCCGGUGAGGCUUCUGUCCGCCUUCAUGUGGCAGGUGGUCCAGCAGCACAGCGUGAUGCAGUACGACAAGCUGGUAGACUUCAUCAGUCUGGUCACUGAGAUGGUUCCUGAGCUGCUGAGUCCCAGUCAGAGGGCUCAGCUCAUCCUGGGCCUAAGAGCCAGGCUGGUUCUGGAGCUUUGUCGUGGCGAUGGAGUCGCCAACCUGCCGACCAUCCAGAGCCACCUCGAUAAAAUCCACACCUGCAGCGCUGAACUGAGCUCCAGUGAUCAGAUGGCCAGUGCUGAUCUACUGAAGAACUCUUACAGCAACUUUGCCAGCCUGGUGCAGAACAUUUUGAACGUUCCUUUUGAAAAGGAGUUAUUUUUCCAGGAGGUUUUUCCUGCAAACUACGGUUCUGCUUACAACCAAAAGAUCCAGCAGCUUGUGUCUGUGUUUCUGUCCAGACUGGAACAGCUGCUGCCGAUACCAGACCUGCAACAGACAACAGCUUGGCUCACUGAAACAUCCGUUUCAGAGGAAUUGGGACAACAUUUGUCUGAACCUGUUGCCCUAAAGUCUCUGCUGCUUCAUCACAAACAGAUGGGAACUCUUAGCUCAGCUUGGUCAAGCAGUGAGGAGGAUGUAAUUCUGUCCACACUGGCCCUCCCAUCUCAAACUGGAGUGGAGAGAUUCACCGAGCCGUACAGUGAGGAGGAGGAUGAUGAUGAUGAUUAUGAUGAUGAGGAAGGAGCCCUGGCGUUGGAGGAUUUAGAAGAAGACUCAAGUCAAAGCUCAGAUGUCCCCACAGAUGAUUGGCUGCCAAAGAAGAAAUCAGGACCGCUACCCCGUUUAUUCAUCUGCCCUCAGUGUUCGUUCACACACCGCGUAAAGAGGAAGGUCCAGGAGCACAUCCAGACUGAGCAUCACGCAACGGCUCCCAAUCAGAAAAAGAAAUGUGUGAAAAAAGCUGGAAGAAAGACUCUGCAGAAAAGUCACGACUUGAAUGCUGCAAAAGCAAAAGUAGAAAGAAACUCAGAGACACAGAGGAAACGCAAACAGAAAGACGGUGUUGAUAAAAAGAGGGAGCGUAAGCAGAAGAAAGACAACUUGGAAACAAGGAACGACGGAGACGGAAAGAGCCAACGGGGGAAGACAAAAGGUUUCUGAGCACACGGCCUGUGAACAAAAACUUCACCGAGAAGAAACCAAAUGCCCGACGUGCGAAAAGGUGUUUGAACAUCCAAAUCAACUGAAGACCCACAUGAAGCUCCACGGCUUCCGGUACCGCUGCAGCCAAUGC